UAUAUAUCUAGGUUUCUGCUUGUAGGUAUUGGUGAUCCCCUGCUAUUAAACACGGAAGCCUGUUAAGCGAAAGCUUCUAUUCCGUCCACAACUAUUUGAACCACUUGAACCAUUUGAAGCGCAAGCGUUUAAUGGUUUAAUGUCGGGUCAGCUGUCGAAAUCAUGCACAAUCAUUCAGGAUCCCGUCUCAAAUCCAAAUAUUGAAGAGGCCACUUAUGAUAGUGACAAAAAUUCUCAUGGAAGAUGUACUUCAUCAUUAUAUGAAGAUGAUGUAAAAGUUAUGGAAGUGAAGGAAAAAAACCUGGCCUCAUCAUAUCAAGAUUCUGAGUACACGCGAUCUUCUGAUGGUUCACAAUAUUCAGUUGGACGUAUUAAGGAUAGUCCUAUGGAAAAUAUUUCACCUUCCGAUAUCUUAUCAAAUAAUCAGGCGAAUGGAGUCCGUUGGCGUCAUUGUGUAAACAAUGGUCAAGAGAUGUACGUUAACGAAGCAACUAAUGAAAAAUGGGUUCCAGCAACUGAUCAAUAUGGAAAAACAUAUUAUUAUGAACUAAACACUCGUCAUUCCGUAUGGGCACUUGAAGAUUUAGAAACAUCACCUACAGACGCGCCACAUUCGUCCGACUCAUUGAAUAAUUAUUUAGAUAUUAGUGACCCGAAUUCUUCCAAGGAAGCUUUUGACUGUUCAGUAUUUGAAGAUGAAAAUAAUGGUUCUUAUGUUGAUCAGUAUCCAUCUGUAUCUAGAAUGUCAAGUAUCAGUAAAGUUAAUCGGAGAACAAUGAGUCAAUCUAAAGUGUCUCAUCGAAGUUCACAUAUACCUUCUGAAGUUUGUUCAACACAAGUUAUCAAUCGACCUUUCAGUUUGGUCAGUCUUGAUGAUCAAGAUCAAGGAGCAGGUGGACGUUUUCAGAUGAAGAAUCUAAGCAAAGAACAUAUCAGUGGACCAAGUGAAAAUAAACUUACGCACUUUGAACGACGUGGUCCAGUUAUUCGUACAAUGUUAAUUGAAAAUGGCAAACGUAUAUCAAAAAAAUGGAUACCAGGUGUAUUACAUCUUAGUGGUCCAUUACUUUUUUUAUACAAAGAUAAUAAACCUUCUUUACCUAAAAUACAUCAACCACUUGGUAAACCUGAUGUUCAAUUCAACAUUAGAGAGGUAAAAGUUAGCGAAGCAAACGGUGAACAAACGUCAAGAAAGAAUGUGCUCAAAAUUGAAUGUGAAACUGCUGGAAAGUUGAAUGUUCAUUUAGUACAAAUCCCAGCCAUCGAUUAUGAAUCGUGGAAAGCUGCAAUACGAUAUGCGAAGGAUCUUUUGAAUGAAGAUCAUGGAGUCACGUUAGGACGUUCAUUAACCAGAUAUGAUUCGGGACAACCUUCUGUGCUCGAUAAAAAAUUGUUGGUUAAAUUGCGUGAUUUUUUUAGAACAAGACCAACUGCUGCGUCCCUACGAUCUCGCGGUAUUUUAAAGAAUGAAUCUGUAUUUGCAUCUACAAUCAUGCAAAUAUGUGAGAAUGAAGAUUCUGAUGUACCUAAUUUUAUUGUUCGUGCAAUUCGUGCUAUUGAAGCUCGAGGACUUGAUCAUGUUGGGAUUUAUCGAUCAAGCGGAAAUGGUGCUACAAUCCAAAAGCUUCGCUGUGCCGUUAAUCAAUAUAACUACAGUUUAAAUUCUGAAAAAUGGAGUUUAGAAGUAUUAACAGGGGCAUUGAAAUUAUUUUUUCGUGAACUUAAAGAACCACUUAUAACAUUCAAAAUAUAUCCAGAAGUUGAUCAACUAUUGGGUGAUAAUGAUAUAGCGCCAGAUUUAAAAGUGAUUAGAAUGCGAGAAUUGAUCAAUUCUAUGCCUGUCCCACAUAUCAACACAUCUCGAAUAUUUUUCCAUCAUUUGUACAGAGUAAUGCAAUUGUCCAGUAUCAACCAAAUGCAUUCUUACAAUUUGGCUAUUGUUUUCGGACCGAGUUUAAUUUGGCCAGAAGUAGAGUCUGUCGCAUAUAGAGCACUUAAGUCUGUACAGGUCCCAUGUAUAGAAUAUUUGCUUACACAUGUAGAGGAAGUAUUCGGACCAGUAACUCCACCGCCAGUUAUUUCAUAAGUCCAUACAUGGAAAUAAAUACUCUUUCUAAUAUUUUAUAUGAAUAAUAGGUUCAACCAUUUUUUAAAUACAAACUCAACGCAUUGCUCAAAAUCUACGUGAUUGUCUCCGAUCCAAUUAUCAUUAUCAGCUUUAGAGUUAUCAUCAAAUAUUUUUGAUCUCUUAUAAUGUUUUUUUAAGUCCAUAUUAUCACAACAACACAUGUAUAGUGUGUAAUCUUUUGUCUUUUUUAAAAUAAAUAAAAAACACGCACCGACUAGUAUUUUUGCGAUUCUAUACGACACAUCUCCACAUAUUGUAACUUUCCUUAAAUUUAUUUGCUUUCUAGUAAGCACUUUUGUUUGCAAUAAACAUCACUUUAUACUUGCUAAAAUAAUUGCAAAAAUGUGAUACAAAAUAACACUCAGCACUGUAAAUUUCUCUUGUUUUCUACUACAUUGUUAGGGUUUGAAUGAUUUCAACGAAUAUCUUCUGUCUGUAGUUUUCGUUUUGUUUAAAUUGAUUCAUUUGUUUUACUAGUCAUUUCAACAAUUUUUUAUAGUGUUAUUGUUAUAGUUGAUGAG